CAUGGAAAGAAUCCGUCUGUCGGGAGUUGCCGCCAGACGCCAGAGAGGUUGAAAAGUAAGAGCAGCGGCCGGGGGAUCUGCCGGCUCGGCCCAGCGGAGCGCUUUCCCUGGUGGCGGGGCGCAUAGACGAAGGAUGCCCAUUUUGCAUCUGCACUCCAUGCUCGAGCUGCUGCCUUUCCUGCUUCUCCUGCUGCUGUUCUUGGCUGUGGGCUUCUUCCUGAUCUACCUCCAACGACACGACCCAGAAACCAAAAAGAAUUAAUGAGAGCCGGUUGGGGAGGGGCUGGGAGCUGGUAUUCUCUCCCAGCUAAAAAUUUUGCCACUCUCUGCUGCUUUCCUGAUCUCACGCCACCGAAGCAGAGCGAGAGAUGGGAGACACGGGCAAAGAAGACUAUAAAAUACACUCAUUUGAUGUAGAGAUUCAGCAGAUACUGAAAACAGCCCUCAAAGACCCCAGCAGUGUGGACCUGGAGAAAGUGGCCAAUGUAAUUGUGGACCAGUCCCUGAAAGACUGUGUGUUCAGCAAAGAGGCCGGGCGUAUUUGCUAUACCAUCAUUCAGGCAGAAAACAAGCAGGUUGGCCAGAGUGUCUUCCGUCGAAGCCUUCUCAACCGACUUCAACAGGAAUACAAGGACCGUGAUGAACUGCGAGCCCGUUCUCUCCAGGCCUGGAUCUGCUACGUCACCUUUAUUUGUAACAUCUUUGAUUACUUGAGGGUAAACAACAUGCCCAUGAUGGCGUUGGUGAACCCGGUUUACGAUUGCCUCUUCCGACUGGCCCAGCCUGACAGCUUGCAGAAGGAGGAAGAGGUGGACUGCCUGGUGCUGCAGCUGCACCGUAUUGGGGAGCAGCUUGAGAAGAUGAACUCCCAGAGGAUGGAUGAGCUCUUUUCCCUCCUAAGGGAUGGCUUCCUGCUGCAGGAGGGACUCAGCUCCCUUUCCCAGCUGCUACUGCUGGAGAUCAUUGAGUUCCGGGCCGCUGACUGGAAGAUGACGGAAGCGGCCCAGAAAUACUAUUACAGCGAGGUCACAGAUUGAGUGGACAAUUGCUGUCACCUGCUCUUGCUGCCCAGAGGCAGGGCUUAAAUUCCACCAACUCCCUUUCACCAGCAAACUUCAAACCAAACAAAGCUGCAACUAUUUUUAACUUUUCUUCCUCUAGCACUUUUUGUACAUAGAAUGUAUAACACACUCACUUAAUAGUCCUCUUAUUCUGGGGAACUGGUGGAUGAAACGGGGGAAAGGAGGGCAGCCGGAUUUAGGAGAAAAGGAUAUUAUUUUAGAACUGCUGUUUGCACAGCGUUGCACUAAAUAGGGAUCUGUACUGAUCAAUGAGUGACAAGCUGGGUUGACCUUUUCCUUCAUAGACUUGCUGCAUCCUGGAGGCUUGCUUGCAGAUGCUGACUGAAAUGUGCACAGCUAAGAUGGAGCGAGGUUAAAAACUAGCCAGGGAAUAACCCUAUGGACUUUAGAAACCCUUUUCAGCCUCGGUUUGGCAAAUUCUUCUUUUAGCGAUCUCUGGCUCUUCCAUAGCUGAUCUUAAUUUCCCCUUUAGUCGAGAAGGGGAAAGGGGAUUCUGUAAUCGAAGCACUAGCAGAGAAUUUCAGUUUGCUUCCUUACGAGCCAUUUUGAGAGCUUUCAGAAACUUCUCUGAACUCUCAAGAAAAACGUCUCUGAACUCUUGGUCCAUGUGCCAAUUUUCCUUCCACCAUCCACUACCCACCAAUGGCAGCUAGUCGCAUCAUGCUUCCUAUUGCUGGUUCUCCAACUGUUAAUGGAAAACUAGCAGCUUUUCCAGCAUAUUGUCACUUCUGUCAAGCAAACAGGUGGAACUCGCAAUCAUCAUUUAAUAUACCAGCAUUGCUGCCAUAAAUUAAAUGCAGACAGUAGGGUGUGCCAUCCCUUUGUUUUGCAACCUGAAAAUAAGAUGUUUGAAAGCUGAGAUUCUGCUUAGAGCCCACUCAUUCAGAACUUAGUGGCACAGAACUUGUACCACUUCAGACUGUAGGGAUGCACGUGCUUAUUUGAAUGUUCCUCAAAACUGUCCGUGGCACUUUUGCAGUGCAAGAAGGCAAGGCCCAUCAUGCUGCCACGCUAGCUUUGUCUAAGCCUGGCUUUUUCUGAAAAAAAGAACAUGCAAUCGUGUCAUCCUUGAUUGGUGGUCUACAGUCACAUGAUAACUAGGAGAGAAGAAACCUUGCAAUAUUUCUAAACAUGAGUCUUAUGAUUAAAUGAGCCUGUUGUGGGGAGGGAAAGGGAAAGGAGUUUGUAAGCCGCUCUGAGACUCCAAGUGAAGGGCGGGGUAUAAAUCCAAUCUCCUCUUCUUCUAAAUGAAGUGCUUGAUGCUGAGUUCCAUGCAUUGAGUUCCCAGCCCCUUUCCCCCCCCCUUUAAAAAUCUCAGGUAGGGAAGAACCUGAUUCUGAUGGGGAAGGGGGAAUGAACCCCCCCACCCACCCACACACUGUUUUCCUCAUUCGAAAUGGCCCCAGGGAGCCACUAAUUUACUCUGAUACUAUUUUGAGUAACAGCCAGGGAUGCUGCUGCUUCUUUUUUUCUUUGUGGAAAAAGAGGUGCUAGAACUCUCAAAAGGGAAAUGAA